AUGCCGGGCCCACCGGGCAGAAGAGGCGACCCACCUCCAACCAGAAUAGUACGGGUCUACCGGAACGGGGACGCCUUCUUUCCCGGAAGGACGAUAGCGGUAAACCCGCGGCAGGUGUCGACCUUCGACGGCUUCCUGACCUCGGUGACCCGCGGAGUGGAGGCUCCGUUCGGCGCCGUCAGGAGGCUCUACACGCCGGUGCUGGGCCACACGGUUCGGCGUCUGGACGAGCUGAAGCACGGGAGUCUGUACGUCGCCGCGGGGAACGAGCAGUUUAAAAUGCUGGGCUACAGCGAGAUCACAACCAAGAAGCCGGAGAAUAAGAAAAGAGAACAGAUCCAACCUGUUGUUCACAGCAGAAUAGCAGUUUCUGCUCGCUGGAAGAGAACCGCUGAUGAGUCCUGCACAAUAAAUGUCUUUACAAACGGGGACGUCUUGGGGCCUCCAGCUCGGAUACGGAUCCCAAAGUACACUCUCAGAAGCUGGGAGAAUGUUUUAGCCAUGGUGACGGAGAAAGUGCAUCUUCGCACCGGUGCUGUGUACAGGCUUUGCACAUUACAUGGACAGCCUGUCUGCGCUUCCGCUCAACUGGAGAACCACCAGCACUACGUUGCAGUUGGUGCAGAGAGGUUUAAAGCUCUCCCAUAUGAUCGGUGCGUCCCCAGGCCUUCUAUCAGGCCAAACAACUCAAUUGAAAGUCAAGACGUCCUGCCUCCUAUUAGAAAGACAAGACAUGCAAAGGAUGAGUUUCCUCACACAGGCUUUAGCGCGGACCCUGAACACACAGCCAGGGGCCACAUGAAGAAACACACGGCCAAGCCAGACGGAACCAAACAUCAGAGGCGGGUGUCCAGAAGCACAGUUCUCCACCCAACAGGGGAGGGCAGUGUGUUCAAUGCGCAAAACAAAAGAAGGGAGACGGCGGGAGCGGCCGAGGUGCAGGAGGACCGCCGGUUGGAGGUGGACCUGCCGAUUGAUCAGGUUGAGGCCAAGAUAGUUGAAGAGGAGUACGGAGAUGGGAGCUGUUCUGCGAGCCCUUCCAAGGCCCCCCCGCAUGAUUCACACGGCUGGUGUCUGCAGAGGUCUUCGUCUGCAGGUUCCCGGAAUGAUAUUAGGGCCUGUCUGAGAUGGGAAGCUGCCUCCAGGCCCCCCAAUAAGCUGCAGGCCAGGGGCCACUCCUCAGAGAGAGGGAUGGAUGGAGAGGGAAGGAGCCUGCUAUGGAUAUGUGUGCCAAGUACAUCCAGUCAUAAGGGCUCUGAGCCAGGAUCUCUGACAGAUUAGGCGAUAAUCAAUUAACAAAUUAAGAAAAAGUCAGCAUAACUACCUUGUAUCCCAUGUAUUAUAAAGCACUUUGAUGUGUAGCUACAGUGACUGGCCCACUUUUUCAGGGGGAGUAACAGAUGUUGGAAAUGGCUUUGAGAGGUAUAUUGGCUCUGAGGAAAAAAAAAAAUUAAGAGUAUUUAUGGUCGUGGACAUGAAAGGGUCCUGGCUUGUGGAUGCAUUUAUAUUUGAAUGGCACCCACUUCAUUACUUAAUGAUUUGAAAAGGCUGUUAGGGAGCUGAGCUGAGCCUGAGCCAACGAACCCAUGACCCUGCUGAGUCAAUGUGCUAAACAGACACAGGCUCUGCUUCGGGCGCUUCGGCACUUCUGGCACCAUGGCAAUAUGACAUGUGCCUACAGCUCUUCAUUACACCAAAUUAAAAUACACUGAUUUGUGCAAUGACCACAGAUCAAAUAAAUUGCCUGUGCAGUUAAAGGGACAACUUUUGUGACAGAUUCCCAGGGAACUCACUGCAUUUCUCUCCGGCACAGUUUGGGUUUUCACCCUCAACUCUUUGCUGCUCUUGUACAGUUUUUGACAUUAGCAUUCAACUCAAAGUGCUGUUGUACCAAAGAAGUGUCUUGUACUGAUUUAUUUGACAUAACUACUUGUCUCUUAUAGCCAGAAACCGAACCAUGAAACUGAAAAUGUUGAGUGAGUGAAAAACACCCAACAAUUGUAUUGGUGCUCUGAUGGUUUGAAAC